CUCGGUCAUAUGACCAUGGCCUUCUCUUCGUCCUCAUCCGAAGACAACUUCAACCCUGCGAGAUCCAAUAUCAGAGACCAGAGGUUCUCAGGCCUCAACAGCCCAUCUGAGGCCUCCUCUCGUGGCAAAGGCCCUCCUAACCCGCAAUUCGACAUCAUCUCCUGGUACCCAAAGUAUCAAAGCUGUCAACGAUACUUUCUCGAUCAUGCUCAACACGAACCCUUGGUACAAGCAUUCGCCUCCUUCAUCAACAUCUUGUUGCCCUUUCAGAGACAACCUGCUCCCGUCUUCAGCUCGGUCGGAUCCCGCAGUGGCAGGGCCAGACACGACAAAGACCCUGCCAGGGCACCCUCUUCUUCCGCCGACCUCGCUGCCGCCUCGGCGGUCUCCCUCAUCCCAUACCUUCGAAGACUCGUCGUCACAGGUAUGGACGUUCCUCAAGUCCUGCACGGCUUUUUUGGAGACGACUGGAGAGCGGGUGUAGGUCCACAAAGAGAACAAGAACGCCGCAACUAUCUCUUCGCUGCCAAGAGUGGGGGCUGGGACGCCGUCAAGAAAGACUAUGAUAUGCUCCCCCUCGAAACUGUUCCAUUCAUGCGCCCUUUGUUUGAUCCCACUGACGGCGAGCUAGAUGCCGCCGAAAAGACCUGGAGCGAGUGGCUAUGUCUGAAGAAUUGGAUGAUUGGAUCUCGAACACCUGACGCCACGUAAAAAUCCCCACCGUGGAACAUUUUUGGAGCAACAGUACGAGAAGCCCUUUGUAGGCUGAAAUCACGACUCAUGAUCGUUCACAUCAGUUUGUUAGCCCAUAACUGGAAUAUGUUGGACAUUGAAACGGGCACAGGCUUAUGGUCAGAUUAGUAUAGAUACGAC